AAUAAUCAGUAGAGAGAUCUCGAGCGUUUUAAAUUUUCACAGAAUAUCCAAGAUAAUAUUAUCACACCUUCAGAUACCACGCCGAAAAUCAUCUCAAAAACCACCAACCGAUGCUUGUGCUGUCUACGUGUGUCCCCUCUCCCCGCUUGCCAGUCUCGAUCCUCAAGGCUCGAACGACGACGGCCAAGUGCUCGAAUCCCGUCGACGUGGAAGCACGGCGGCCGCGGCCACCCUGAGCCGCAGCCGAGCCGUAUUUAUCACGCCACCACCUAAUCAAUCCCCAGAGGCACGCACACACCCGAGCCCCACAAAUCCCAUCCCCCACUCCACUCCCCACCGAAAACCAUGGCGCGGCGGAGUGGCAUGCUCCUCCUACUCGCCGCGGCCGCCCUGGUCGCCGUCGGCGCGGUCGCCGCCGUGCCGCCGUCCUGCGAGCGCAUCGAGUGCCCGGCGUACGACGUGGUGGACAGCGCCAACGGGUUCGAGAUCCGGCGGUACAAGGACGCGAUGUGGGUGUCCACCGCGCCCAUCGAGGACAUCUCCCUCGUCGACGCCACCCGCUCCGGCUUCCUCCAGCUUUUCAAGUACAUCCAGGGGAAGAACGCGUACAAGGAGACGAUCGAGAUGACGGCGCCGGUGCUGACGCGGGUGGCGCCCAGCGACGGGCCCUUCUGCGUCUCCUCCUUCGUGGUCAGCUUCUACGUGCCGACGAAGAACCAGGCGGACCCGCCGCCGGCCGAUGGCCUGCACGUGCAGAAGUGGGCUGGGGCAAGGUACGCCGCCGUGCGCCGGUUCGGCGGCUUCGUGGCCGACGCCGACGUCGGCAAGCAGGCCGCGCUGCUCGAGGCCAGCCUGCAGGGGACCAGGUGGGCCGCCGCCGUGUCCGACGGCCGCAAGGCCGACCCGGCCUCCGAGUACACCGUGGCGCAGUACAACUCGCCCUUCGAGUUCAGCGGCAGGGUCAACGAGAUAUGGAUGCUCUUCGACACCAUGGGCGCGUCGUCUGACAUGUAACGUGCAAGCUAGCCGCUGGCUAGAUCAAUCAGUCAACUCGUAUAUAAGAGUAUCUUGUCCUUUAAGCUUAUGUAAGCGGACGAAUAAUGGUAGCUUAUAAAAAACUUGAGCGAAA